CGGCGGCGGCAGUAGAGGUGACCGAGGCGGUGGCGGCGGAGGCGGCCCCGAGCGCUGUGUCGGCCCCGGUGCGGCCGAAGUCGCGGUAGAGCGAAGCCCCCACGCCCCUCCCCCGUCCGCGCCCUCCCUCUUCCCCGGGGAUGGAGAAGGCGACGGUUCCGGCGGCGGCGGCGGCGGCGGCUGCUGAGGGAGAAGGGAGCCCCCCGGCGGCGGCGGCGGCGGCGGCGGCGGCGGCUGGCCCCCCCGUGGCGGCGGCGGCGGCGGCGGCAGCGGCGGCGGCAGCAGCGGCGGCGGCGGCGGCGGCGGCGGCGGAGGAGGAGGAGGAGGUCGGCGGCUGCGUUGGCGGCGGCGAGGCUCGCUCGGCCUCCUCUCCGCGUGGAAUGGUGCGAGUGUGCGACCUGCUCCUGAAGAAGAAGCCACCGCAGCAGCCACCCCACAAGGCCAAGCGGAACCGGACCUGCCGACCCCCCAGCAGCAGCGAAAGCAGCAGCGACAGCGACAACAGCGGCGGCGGUGCAGGCGGCGGUGGUGCAGGCGGCGGCGGUGCAGGCGGCGGCGGCGGCGCAGGCGGCGGCACCAGUAGCAACAACAGCGAGGAAGAGGAGGACGACGACGACGAGGAAGAAGAGGUUUCUGAGGUGGAGUCUUUCAUUUUGGAUCAGGAUGAUUUGGAAAAUCCAAUGCUGGAAACGGCUUCCAAGUUGCUCUUAUCAGGUACUGCUGAUGGUGCGGACCUUAGGACAGUAGAUCCAGAAACACAGGCUAGACUGGAAGCUUUACUUGAAGCUGCAGGAAUAGGCAAAUUAUCCACGGCUGAUGGUAAAGCCUUUGCAGAUCCUGAAGUGCUUCGGAGGUUGACAUCAUCUGUUAGUUGUGCGUUGGAUGAAGCUGCUGCUGCACUUACCCGUAUGAGAGCUGAAAGCACAGCAAAUGCAGGGCAGUCGGACAACCGCAGUUUGGCCGAAGCUUGUUCAGAAGGAGAUGUAAAUGCUGUGCGAAAGUUACUCAUAGAAGGGCGAAGUGUUAAUGAACACACUGAGGAAGGGGAGAGCCUUCUUUGUUUAGCUUGUUCCGCUGGAUAUUAUGAGCUUGCACAGGUUUUGUUGGCAAUGCACGCAAAUGUGGAAGAUAGGGGAAUCAAAGGUGACAUUACACCUUUAAUGGCUGCUGCUAAUGGAGGACAUGUCAAAAUUGUGAAGUUGCUGCUAGCUCAUAAAGCUGAUGUCAAUGCACAAUCUUCAACAGGCAAUACAGCACUUACAUAUGCUUGUGCUGGAGGCUAUGUAGAUGUUGUAAAGGUGCUCUUGGAAUCUGGUGCUAGUAUUGAGGACCAUAAUGAAAAUGGUCAUACUCCUCUUAUGGAAGCUGGAAGUGCUGGACAUGUGGAAGUAGCCAGAUUGCUGCUAGAAAACGGGGCUGGCAUUAAUACCCAUUCCAAUGAAUUUAAAGAGAGUGCCCUUACAUUAGCUUGUUACAAAGGACAUCUAGAGAUGGUGCGAUUUCUUUUGGAAGCAGGCGCAGAUCAAGAGCAUAAAACAGAUGAAAUGCACACUGCUUUAAUGGAGGCUUGCAUGGAUGGUCAUGUUGAAGUAGCUAGGUUACUUCUUGACAGUGGUGCCCAAGUAAACAUGCCUGCUGAUUCCUUUGAGUCACCAUUGACUUUGGCUGCGUGUGGUGGGCAUGUGGAGCUUGCAGCUUUACUUAUUGAAAGAGGAGCUAGCCUGGAAGAAGUCAAUGAUGAAGGUUAUACACCAUUGAUGGAAGCAGCUCGAGAAGGACAUGAAGAAAUGGUAGCAUUACUUCUAGGCCAAGGAGCAAAUAUCAAUGCACAGACAGAAGAAACCCAAGAAACUGCAUUGACUCUGGCUUGCUGUGGAGGCUUUCUGGAAGUGGCUGAUUUUCUAAUUAAGGCUGGAGCUGAUAUAGAACUAGGAUGUUCCACUCCUUUAAUGGAAGCUGCUCAGGAGGGUCAUUUGGAGCUAGUCAAAUACUUACUGGCUGCAGGAGCUAAUGUUCAUGCAACAACAGCAACAGGAGAUACGGCACUAACGUAUGCCUGUGAAAAUGGUCAUACUGAUGUAGCAGAUGUCUUACUUCAGGCAGGAGCAGAUCUGGAACACGAAUCUGAAGGUGGAAGAACUCCCUUAAUGAAAGCUGCAAGAGCUGGUCAUGUUUGUACAGUUCAGUUCUUAAUCAGCAAAGGAGCAAAUGUGAAUAGAACCACAGCAAAUAAUGACCACACAGUACUCUCCUUGGCUUGUGCUGGAGGUCAUCUGGCAGUUGUGGAACUUCUUUUAGCUCAUGGGGCAGAUCCAACUCACCGUUUAAAGGACGGUUCAACCAUGUUGAUAGAAGCAGCAAAAGGUGGCCAUACAAGUGUUGUUUGCUAUCUUUUGGACUACCCUAAUAAUUUGCUAUCAGCCCCUCCACCAGAUGUCUCUCAGUUAACCCCCCCAUCCCAUGAUUUAAAUAGGGCUCCUCGUGUACCAGUUCAAGCACUGCCCAUGGUUGUCCCACCUCAGGAGCCUGACAAGCCUCCUGCCAAUGUCGCCGCUACUCUUCCCAUCAGGAAUAAAGCUGCUUCUAAACAAAAGUCCAGCAGCCAUUUGCCAGCAAACAGCCAGGAUGUACAGGGUUACAUCACCAAUCAGUCUCCAGAGAGCAUUGUAGAAGAGGCUCAGGGAAAGUUAACAGAACUGGAACAGAGGAUUAAAGAAGCCAUAGAAAAGAAUGCACAGCUGCAGUCCUUGGAGCUGGCUCAUGCUGACCAACUGACCAAGGAGAAGAUUGAGGAGCUGAACAAAACAAGGGAGGAACAAAUUCAGAAGAAACAAAAGAUCCUGGAGGAGCUCCAGAAGGUAGAACGAGAGCUCCAACUGAAAACUCAGCAGCAGCUGAAAAAGCAGUACCUAGAGGUUAAAGCUCAAAGAAUUCAGCUUCAGCAGCAGCAGCAGCAGCAGCAGCAGCAGCAGCAGCAGCAGCAGCAGCAGCAGCAGUCUUGCCAACAUCUGGGACUACUGACUCCGGUCGGAGUUGGAGAACAGCUUUCCGAAGGAGACUAUGCACGAUUACAGCAGGUGGAUCCAGCUUUGCUUCAAGAGGAGCCUCAGCCGGCUGCUGCUCAGAUGGGUUUUGCGCCAAUCCAGCCUCUGGCCAUGCCUCAAGCUUUACCUCUGGCGGCAGGUCCCUUGCCUCCAGGGUCCAUCGCAAAUCUUACAGAACUACAAGGAGUAAUAGUUGGACAGCCAGUACUGGGCCAAGCACAGUUGGCAGGGCUGGGGCAAGGAAUUCUGACAGAAACACAACAAGGGUUAAUGGUAGCCAGCCCUGCUCAGACCCUCAAUGACACGCUGGAUGACAUCAUGGCAGCAGUCAGUGGAAGAGCGUCAGCAUUGUCAAACACUCCUACCCACAGUAUCGCAGCUUCCAUUUCCCAGCCUCAGACUCCAACUCCAAGUCCUAUCAUCUCUCCUUCAGCCAUGCUUCCUAUCUACCCUGCCAUUGAUAUUGAUGCACAGACUGAGAGUAAUCAUGACACAGCACUAACACUUGCAUGUGCAGGUGGUCAUGAGGAACUGGUACAAACAUUGCUAGAGAGAGGCGCCAGUAUCGAACACCGAGACAAGAAAGGUUUUACUCCUCUUAUCUUGGCUGCUACGGCUGGUCAUGUUGGUGUUGUGGAAAUACUGCUGGACAAUGGUGCAGAUAUUGAAGCCCAGUCAGAAAGGACCAAGGACACACCUCUAUCUUUGGCUUGUUCUGGGGGAAGACAGGAGGUGGUGGAACUGUUACUAGCUCGAGGGGCAAAUAAAGAGCACAGAAAUGUUUCUGAUUACACACCUCUAAGCUUGGCUGCUUCUGGUGGCUAUGUGAACAUUAUCAAAAUAUUACUAAAUGCAGGAGCUGAAAUUAAUUCUCGAACUGGUAGCAAAUUGGGCAUUUCUCCUCUAAUGUUAGCAGCUAUGAAUGGGCACACAGCUGCUGUUAAGCUCCUAUUAGAUAUGGGCUCUGACAUAAAUGCUCAAAUUGAAACUAACCGGAACACUGCCCUGACCUUAGCCUGCUUUCAAGGGAGAACUGAAGUGGUUAGUCUUCUGCUGGAUAGAAAAGCAAAUGUCGAACACAGAGCCAAGACUGGCCUCACACCACUAAUGGAAGCAGCCUCUGGUGGAUAUGCAGAAGUAGGCAGAGUUCUUUUGGAUAAAGGUGCUGAUGUUAAUGCCCCUCCAGUCCCCUCCUCCAGAGAUACAGCUUUAACCAUAGCAGCAGAUAAAGGACAUUAUAAAUUCUGUGAGCUUCUCAUUGGCAGGUAUCUGUAUCAUCCAUUUAGGGGCGCUCACAUUGAUGUCCGUAACAAAAAGGGCAACACUCCAUUGUGGCUAGCAGCAAAUGGUGGACACCUUGAUGUGGUUCAGUUACUCGUGCAAGCAGGUGCAGAUGUGGAUGCAGCAGAUAACCGCAAGAUAACUCCUCUUAUGGCAGCAUUUAGAAAGGGUCAUGUAAAGGUUGUGCGAUACUUGGUCAAAGAAGUCAAUCAGUUUCCAUCCGAUUCUGAAUGUAUGAGAUACAUAGCAACCAUCACUGAUAAGGAAAUGCUGAAGAAGUGUCAUCUUUGCAUGGAAUCAAUAGUACAAGCCAAAGAUAGACAGGCAGCUGAAGCAAACAAAAAUGCCAGCAUUUUAUUAGAGGAGUUAGACUUGGAAAAGUUAAGGGAAGAAAGUCGGAGGCUGGCUUUGGCUGCCAAAAGAGAAAAGAGAAAAGAGAAGAGAAGAAAGAAAAAGGAAGAACAAAGAAGAAAGCUAGAAGAAAUUGAAGCCAAAAAUAAAGAGAACUUUGAACUCCAAGCUGCUCAAGAAAAAGAAAAGAAUAAAGUUGAAGAUGAGCCUGAAGUCUUGACGGAGCCUCCAAGUGCCACAACCACUACAACCAUAGGUAUAUCUGCAACCUGGACAACUUUAGCAGGUUCCCAUGGCAAAAGAAACAAUACUAUAACAACAACCAGCUCAAAGAGGAAAAACAGGAAAAAUAAAAUUACUCCAGAAAACGUUCAAAUUAUAUUUGAUGAUCCACUACCAAUUUCCUACAGUCAGCCAGAUAAGGUGAACGGAGAGUCCAAGAGCAGCAGCACCAGCGAGAGUGGGGACAGUGACAACAUGAGGAUUAGCAGCUGCAGUGACGAAAGUAGCAACAGCAACAGCAGCCGGAAGAGUGACAAUCAUUCACCUGCUACGGUCACUGCAACUGUGGCCACCAAGAAACAGCCAUCAGUUCUGGUUACAUUUCCAAAGGAGGAGCGAAAAUCUGUUUCUGGCAAGACUACAGUAAAACUGUCAGAGACUGUCAGUGAGGUGACCAGUAAUUCUCUGUCUACUUGCACAAAAUCUGGUCCCUCUCCCCUUUCCUCUCCGAAUGGGAAAUUAACAGUAGCAAGUCCUAAGCGUGGACAAAAAAGGGAAGAAGGAUGGAAAGAAGUUGUAAGAAGGUCAAAGAAAGUAUCUGUUCCAUCAACUGUGAUAUCCAGAGUGAUUGGAAGAGGAGGCUGUAAUAUUAAUGCCAUUCGGGAGUUCACUGGUGCACACAUAGAUAUCGAUAAGCAGAAAGACAAGACAGGAGACCGGAUAAUAACUAUAAGGGGCGGCACCGAAUCAACAAGGCAAGCAACUCAGUUGAUCAAUGCGCUGAUCAAGGAUCCAGACAAAGAAAUUGAUGAACUUAUUCCAAAGAAUCGUUUGAAAAGCUCCUCAGCAAAUUCCAAAAUGGGGUCUUCAGCACCUACCACCACUGCUGCUAACAGUUCUCUAAUGGGAAUUAAAAUGACGACUGUAGCUCUGUCAUCCACAUCUCAAACUGCCACAGCACUCACUGUGCCCGCGAUUUCUUCUGCAUCUACUCACAAAACCAUUAAGAACCCUGUGAAUAAUGUGAGGCCUGGUUUCCCGGUUUCCCUCCCAUUAGCAUACCCUCCUCCACAGUUUGCACACGCUUUGCUUGCUGCUCAGACUUUCCAGCAGAUCCGUCCACCACGGUUGCCCAUGACCCACUUUGGAGGUACUUUUCCACCAGCUCAAUCUACUUGGGGUCCUUUUCCUGUCAGGCCUUUGAGCCCUGCCAGAGCUACUAACUCGCCUAAGCCUCACAUGGUGCCUCGCCAUAGCAAUCAGAAUAGCAGUGGUUCUCAGGUGAAUUCAGCAGGUUCUUUAACUUCAAGUCCAACGACUACAACCAGUUCAUCAGCUUCAACGGUGCCUGGUACAUCUACAAAUGGCAGCCCAAGUUCACCUUCCGUCAGAAGGCAGCUUUUUGUCACAGUUGUAAAGACAUCCAAUGCUACCACCACAACAGUCACAACCACAGCAAGCAACAACAGCACUGCGCCUACAACCGCCACAUAUCCUAUGCCUACUGCCAAAGAACACUACCCAGUGUCAUCCCCAUCUUCCCCAUCACCACCAGCCCAGCCAGGAGGGGUUUCUCGAAACAGUCCUUUGGAUUGUGGAACAGCGUCUCCAAACAAAGGGGCGUCUUCCUCCGAACAGGAAGCAAGUAGUCCACCAGUAGUAGAAACAGCAAACAGUAGACCUCCAAACAGCAGCAGUUCUUCUGGGAGUUCAUCAGUUCAUUCUGCUCAGCAGCAACCUCCAGGGUCUGUUUCUCAGGAGCCAAGACCACCCCUUCAGUCUCAGGUUCCUGCCCCGGAAGUGAGAAUGACUGUUCCUCCUUUAGCAACAAGUUCUGCUCCAGUGGCGGUGCCUUCUACUGCCCCCGUGACUUACCCUCUGCCUCAGACACAAAUGGGAUGCUCCCAGCCUGCUCCUAAAAUGGAAACUCCUGCUAUCAGACCCCCCUCUCACGGCACAACUGUCCCUCACAAGAAUCCAGCUCCAGUGCAGAAUUCAUCUGUUGCAGUCCUCAGUGUCAAUCACAUUAAAAGACCUCACAGUGUUCCCUCCUCCGUCCAGCUACCUUCGACCUUAAGUACACAAAGUGCUUGUCAGAAUUCAGUACAUCCAGCUAAUAAGCCUAUUGCUCCCAAUUUCAGUGCCCCCCUACCGUUUGGGCCCUUUAGCACAUUGUUUGAAAACAACCCUACUUCUGCUCAUGCCUUCUGGGGAGGAUCUGUUGUUUCAUCUCAGUCAACACCAGAAUCUAUGCUAUCAGGAAAAUCCUCGUAUUUGCCAAAUUCAGAUCCUUUACAUCAGGCUGACACUUCCAAAGCUCCAGGUUUUAGACCACCAUUACAGAGACCUGCAACCAGUCCCUCAGGUAUUGUCAAUAUGGAUUCUCCAUAUGGUUCUGUAACACCUUCUAACGCGCAUUUGGGAAACUUCGCCUCAAACAUUUCCGGAGGUCAGAUGUAUGGACCUGGGGCACCCCUUGGAGGAGCACCCACAGCUGCUAACUUUAACCGACAACAUUUUUCCCCACUUAGUUUGUUGACUCCUUGUUCAUCAGCAUCAAAUGAUUCUUCUGCACAGUCAGUAUCCUCUGGAGUUCGUGCACCUUCUCCUGCCCCCGCAUCAGUACCUUUAGGGUCAGAAAAGCCCAGCAGUGUCUCUCAGGACAGAAAGGUUCCAGUCCCCAUUGGGACUGAGCGUUCUGCACGUAUCAGGCAAACAGGAACUUCCGCCCCAUCUGUUAUUGGAAGUAAUUUGUCCACAUCAGUAGGGCAUAGUGGCAUCUGGUCCUUUGAAGGGAUUGGUGGCAAUCAAGACAAAGUGGAUUGGUGUAAUCCUGGGAUGGGAAAUCCUAUGAUUCACAGGCCAAUGUCUGAUCCCGGAGUGUUUUCACAACAUCAAGCACUUGAGCGAGAGAAUACAGGAAUUGUUGCUCCUUCUAGUACAUUCCAUCAGCAUGUUCCUGCAGGAUACAUGGAUUUCCCUAAAGUUGGGGGUAUGCCUUUCUCUGUGUAUGGGAAUGCGAUGAUCUCUCCAGUGGCACCUCUCCCCGAUGGUGCUGGAGGACCCAUAUUUAACGGCCCGCAUGCUGCGGACCCUACCUGGAACUCCCUGAUUAAGAUGGUUUCAAGUUCUACGGAUAAUAAUGGUCCUCAAACGUGCUCGCCAGAGGUCGCACACUUGGUUGUGGUGCUCGCACACACUUGGUUGCAGUACUCUGGAGAUCGCACACUUUGUUGUGGCGCCGGGGAUCCCAAACGGCAGUGCCCCAGAGAUCGCACUCUGCAUGUGGGGCGUGCUGGGGAUGGAGCUCGAGGCCUGAGGCCUGCCAGGCAGGCGCGCUACUACUGAGCCGUGCCCGGGCCCCUUUCCACAGUCACUAAUCUGUGUGGACUGGACCCUGGGCUCACGUGAACAGUGUGCAUAUGAACCAGCUGGGCUGAAGCGGAUCACCCUGUUAGUCUGCAGAUUCCUUUGCAUUUGGAGGAAAUCAGAAGUGGCUGAAAAAAAUUUAUGCUCCCAAAUCAUUCUACUGAUGUGCUUGACUGAAGUGUGUAGGCCUUUUGCAGAAGAACUCACUCACUGACCUAUUUUCUGUGAACAUUUGUGACUGCCCAUUCCCCAUCAUCAUCCGUUUACCUUAGUUAGCAUUUGUCUUAUCAUUUUUCUUUUUUUUCUUUCCCUCUUCCCCUUUGGACAUAACUUUCUGUUGAACGUUCUCUGAUUGGUUGGUUUUAGUACUGUAAACUGCUUCUGAGCAAACACGGAAAUCUAGCAAAAUUAUGUAAACUUGAUCCUGAAGUUUUAGAAUGGCGAAUAAAUGUACAAUUGUUUACAUAACAGAAAAGGCUAAGCAGAAAGUAAAUUUCAAUAUGUCAGUAUAGAGGCUCUACUUUAUGUAGACUUAAAUUAAUGUGAGAUAUGUACCUUCAUAUUCAGAAAUCUGGAUGUUCCUUCAUACAUUAAACUAUUACUAAGCAUAA